AUGGCUCGCCCGGGCAUGCUCGGCUUGAGUGCAGUCCGUGUUCACGACGGUGCUCUGAGAUCUUUUGAAACUUUGCGAGCGAGCCGGCCAUCGGCAUCCAAGCCACAAGGCUUGAACUUUUCCGGCUCGGCUGCUGCAGUCGUGUCUGCGGUCACUGCUUUUUCCGCUGCCAGGGGCACAACCCUUCGCAGCAACUUGCGGGCGCGGCACGUCACAAUGGCAGCGAACACGGUCCAGGCCAGCGCAUACCUCCAGACGAAGGUGGAGGAAAUGGUGGCUCUGCAGCCCGUGAUGCUCUUCUCCAAGUCGUGGUGCCCCUUUUGCACCAAGGCGAAGGAGGCGAUGAAGCAGCAGGGCAUUCGCUUUGCUACAUGUGAGUUGGACACCCUUGGUGAAGAAGUCGAGGCAGAGGUUCAAGACAUCUUGCUCGGCAUCACUGGAGCACGGACAGUACCCCGCGUCUUUGUGGGUGGUAAAUGCAUUGGGGGAGGCACAGAUACCGAGAACCUUGCUGCAGACGGCUCGUUGAAGAAGAUGGUAGAUGAAGCCAUGGAAACCUACAAGAACAAAGUCACUGGUGCAGUCUCGUUCCAGCUCGAGAAGAGCGACGAGGAGUGGCAGACGGAGCUGGGCACAGAGAAGUUCCGCAUCCUCCGCAGACGAGGCACCGAACGUCCUGGGUCACACAAGUACGACAAGUUCUUGCCAGAGGCUGGCCACUUCUCCUGCGCUGGCUGUGGCCUUCCGCUGUACUCCGCCUCCUCCAAAUUCGCAUCAACCUGUGGGUGGCCGGUGUUUGACAAGUGCUAUGCCUCGGACGAUCUUGGCCAGCAUGUGGUGGGACAACCAGAUGGAAGCGGCGCAUUGGAGAUCGUGUGCACACGUUGCGGCUCCCACCUGGGACACGUCUUCUACGACAGUGUUACAGAGGCCAACCCGAAUGGCGAGCGACACUGA